AUGUUUAAUAACAUAAUAUACUCAAACUAAUCUGGAUUACAAUAAGAUAAUAAUGAAAUACUUCUGAUCAAUGGAAUCAAAUACUAAAAAUUUUCAUAAGCAAUUGGUUAAGGUUCAGAAGGUUUGGUUUAUAAAGGAAUCAAUAUUUAAACUAAAGAAUUUGUAGCUAUUAAAGAAACCAUUUAAAAUAAUUAAAGGAUUAUUAAUGCCAUGAACAAAAUUAAAUAAUAAAAUUGCAGUCAUAUUAUUGGAAUCAAAGGAAUAUAAUAAAGUUUAAAUUAUAAUUAUAUUAUUAUUAUGGAAUUUGCUCAUGGAGAAUUCUAUCAAUUUAUGUAGAAAGAAGAAUUUAAAAAAAUGGGUUAUUAAUAAAAAAAUUCUUUGUUUAUUUAAGUAAUUAAUUAAAAAUGAUUUUAGAUGGUAUAAGGAGUUGAAUAACUACAUUAGUUAGGAUUAUUUCACAGAGAUUUGAAACCUGAAAACUUUGUGUAUAUUGAAGAUUAAAAUAAAAAUAAAACUAUUAAAUUAAUUGACUUUGGUCUAGUCAAAGAGACAUCUCAUUCAUUGAGAAAAACUGUAAAAAUUGGAUCACCAUAUUAUAUGGCUCCAGAAAUUUUAGGAAAUUAAGGAUUUUAUAAUAAAUCAGUUGAUAUAUGGUCAUUAGGAGCCAUUUGGUAUGAAAUUUUAUUUGGUAAAACAUUCUUUCAAUGGUAAUAUAAAUUAUUUAUCUUAUUAGCUAAUUAAGAUAUCAUUAAUUAAAUCUAAAAUUGUAAACAAGAAUAAAUUGAUAUUUAGAUAUAAUAAAAUCCCUAAAUAUAAUAAAAAGAAAAAAAUUUUAUAAAAAAAAUGCUUUGCAUAAAUCCUUAAUCAAGAGUGUAAUUGAAAGAGAUUUUAACUGCUUAUAAUUAAAAUGGUUAACAAAAUAUUAUAUAACCAUAUAUUUAAUAGAAUAGAUAAAAUUUCUACCCCAAUUAUAAUGUAAUUUAAUCUAAUAAUCUUGGUUAUGGAUUUUCUGGAGUAUAAUAAUAGUUUCAAGUCUAAAACCAACUCAUAAAUAGUUAAGAGAUAUAAUAGAUUGAAUAAGAGGCUAGGAAUUAAAUGUUAUAACAACAAAAUAAUCAAAUGCCUUAAUAAAUGGAUUUAGAGUAAAUAAAUGAAAUGAAAAAAGAAUUAGAAAAAUAGAUUGAAUAAGAGUUUAGUAGAAAAUAUGAAUAACAAUAAGAUGAAUUUAGAAAAGCAUUACAAAACCAGAUAAUGAUAAAAGAAAAUUAAAUAAACGAAGAAAGAGAAAAGGCUCAAAAAUAUGAAAAAGAUAUUGAAUAAAUAAAGGAAAUGAAAAUAUAAUAAGAAAUAUAAUAUUAAAAUGAAAAGAAUAGAUUCAUAAAAUAGAAAGAAGAGGAAUUUUAGUAUUAAAUUGAAAGACUGAAAUAAAUAACAUAAAAAGAAAAAGAGCAAAAAAUUGAAUAAAAAUUAAAAGAACUAGAAGAAAAUCUUAAAUCUUAAAUUGAAAAUAAAUAUUUACUAGAAUAUAAUUAAAAAAUUAUUGAAAUGGAAUAUAAAUAAUAAUUACUCUAUUAAUAAUAAUUAGAACUAAAAAGAUUAGCAUUGUUCAACAUACUGCAAUCUUAAAAAGAAACUAUUAAUACAAGCAUAAAUCAACUAAAUGAAUAAUUAAAAUAUCUUGGAGAUUUAAAUAUGAAGCAUAGUUCAUAAUUAAUAUCUUAAAUUUAAGCUGAAAUAUUGAACCAUAAAUAAAAAGUAAUAUUGAUUGAAGAAACAUAAUAAGAGAUAGAAUAAAUAUAGAAAUUAGAAAUACUUCAAGAAUAUGAAAUUAAAUAAGUUAGUGAAUAUAAUUAAUCUAUUUUUUAAUAAUUUGACACUCUCAAUAAGUUCACCGAGCAAAUUAAUGCCUUGGAAAAUCAAUUAAGAAGUUAAUAAUAAAUUGAGUAAUAAAAAGAAGAAAAAAAUUAAUAAUUGAAAAAAUUAAAAGAAUCAUUUUCUAAAUAAUUUCAAAAUUUAUAAUAGGAAUCUUCUGCUUAUUCUUUAGAUAUUAAAAAAAUAAAAGAAAAAAUAAGCUUUUACUAAGAAAUAUAGUAUGAGAUUUAAGGAAACCGAAAAAUUCAAGAUACUUUUUUAUUAGAAUAAAAAUUGACAUAAGAUUUGUAGAUUUUAAAAUAAAAAGAGAACAAUAUUUUUUAAUUAGAGUAAUAUAAUUAGAUUAUUCAAUAUUAAUAUUUUAUAUGCAAACUUGAAGAACUUUAAUUUGCUACAACUCAAUUAAAAAGUUCAACUAAAGAAACUAAUUAAAUUAUUCAAUAAAUAGAUCUUAAAUUUAAUGAAAAACACCAAGGUUUAAUAGAGGAAUUAAAAGAGUAGUUAUAGGAAAAUUAUGAUAUAUUUAAGUGUUUAUCUUAAAAUAAUAAAAAAUAUGAAUAAUAAAUAGAGUAAAUAUUAAAUAAGAUUGAAGUUAACUUUAAUCGGAUAAAAGAUUUAAACUAAUUAUUUACUUUAGGAAUAUUUUAGAAUUAUUAAUAAUUCCAUUAAACUUAUAAUUAAAUUUAAAAAUAAGUUAAAGUUUUUGAGAAUUAAUAUAAAUAGUUGAAUGAAUAAAUUUGUCAUGAUUAAUAAAUUGAAUAAAUAAAUGAAAAAAGAAUAAAAAUAUUAGAAACUAUAUAAAAACAAUUAAUUAAUUAUCAAGAGAAAUUGUCUAAUUUAAAAUAAUAACUUAAUAAUUUAAUUAAUAAUUAAGAUUCCAUCAAUGAAUAAACUAAGAAUUAAAUCAAAGAAAAAUCAGAACAAAUAGAUUAAAAUAUAUAUGAACUUAAUAAGUAAUUUUUAAUUUUCUAUUCUUUCAAUUAAAAAAAUUCCUAUGAAACUAUUAACAAUUAAGUAAAUUAACUGGAAUAAUUUUAGUAAAAAUUAUAGUAGCAAGUAUUUGAUGAAACUUAAUAAUUUAUGAAAUUAUAAUUGUUAAUUUAACCAACUUUUAAUCAAACCAAUAAUAAUUGUGAAAGAGAAUUAUUAAAGUUAAAUACUGAAUUACAAUCUUAAUCCAUGCUGUUCUCAAAAGCUCUAUCAUAGAUUAAAAUUGAAUGUGAAAGUUAUGAAUUUUUAGUUUAUAUGAAAGAUUAACCAGAUAAACUUAAAAAAAUAUUAGAUGAGUAAAAAGUAAAUUUGAAGAAAAUUGUCUAAUUAUCUUAAGAAAAUUAUAAAUUAUCUUAAAGUUUAUUUUAAGACUUAGAAUAAAAAAAAGGCUAGGCAAAGAUUUAAGCUUAAGAAUUGAUUAAGAAAUUGUAAGAAAAUAUUAAGAAAGCAAAGGAUGAAUUAGAAGCUCUAUAUAAUAAUGUGAAUAAAAUAUAUGGUAAAACAAAAGUUGUCACUUUGAAUAAUGAUUUAAUCAAAAAUUAUGAAUAUUUAAAAUAGUAGAAUGAAGAAUUAUCACAAGAAUAAAUUUCUAUAAAUGAUGCAAUAUGUAAAUAAUAAUUAAAUCCCUCAUAAUUAAAUUAGCUUAAAGAGAAAAUUAAAUGUUUAAUUUCUAAAUUGAAUGCCUUAAACAAGAUACUUCCUAAAAAUAUAGAAAUUGAAUAAUUCAACAAUGACUUUAAAAACAAUCUAGAAAUAUUUUAAUUAUUAUAUGCUUUAGUUAAUUAUAUUAAGUAGUUUCAUAUUACAAAAUAUUAUGAAAGAAUCAAAGAACACAAAAAGAAAUAAAGAGAGAAAUAAACUAUUUAAAACGGAUAUAUAUAAGUAUUUAAUAAAAAAUAAGAAGAAAAUACCAUUAAAGAGAAAGAGGCUUAAAAUUUAUUAAAGAAAUACUAAAAUAUGUUAUUUAAUAAUAAUAGUAAAAUGAUGAUAAAAGAUAUGGAAUAAGAUUAAUAAUAAAUGGAUUAAAAUAUUUAAUAGUUAGAAAAUAACAUCAAAUAAGCUUUUAAUAUAAAAUUAAAAGGUUGUUUAAAAUAGUAAUCAACCAUUAAUGAGAUUAUUACAAAAGAAUACUAUAAAACGAGUAAAUAUGCAUAAAUGUUAGAAUUUUUUAUUAUUAAUAAUUAAAAUAAACAUUGA